AUGGCGUUUCAGGAUUUUGAAUACAUAACGGAACGCCGAAGAGCUGAGAAGCAACGCAAGCUCAGGAAGAGGAUUGCCAUGGCCGCAGUUUCGGCCUUUGCUCUUGUUGCUCUAAUUGCUGUCGCAGUCUUUGUGGGAGUUGGUAAAUCCAACGACAGUGACACCAAAGCAGCUCAACCUCACCAACAAGCUGCAAAUGAGUCUUCACAGACACACAGUACUAAUAAGGUGAUACAAAUGAUUUGCCACUCUGCGGAUUACAAGGAAAAGUGCGAGAACAUCCUCACCAGGGCAGUGAAAGCGAACCCUGAUUUGUGUCAUCCCAAAGACCUUCUCAAGACUGCUAUUUCAGCAACCGCAGAUGAGGUCAACAAUGCCAUGAACAAAACCAUCGGGUUCAAAUAUAACACCCCAGCAGAGAAAGCAGCAUUCGAAGAUUGUAUGGUACUCAUGCAGGAAGCCAAGGAAGAAUUAGGCUUCUCCGUUUUCCAAGUUGGCAACAGUGACUUAGGAGAGUUGUCCUCUAGAACCCCUAAACUCAACAAUUGGCUGAGUGCGGUCAUGUCUUACCAACAAACGUGCAUUGAUGGUUUUCCCCAAGGAAAAUUGAAGGACAGCGUGGAAAAGGCUUUCGAGGGUGUCAAGGAACUCACCAGCAAUUCCCUUGCCAUUGUAUCCGAGGUGGCCUUGUUCCUGUCCACAUUCCAGGAAGCAGGUGGACAUAGCCGUCACCUUCUGGAAAAGGACGGAUAUCCCACCUGGAUGGCCCAUGAGGACCGUAGGAUGUUGAAGGCCCAAGAUGAAAAGCCCACGCCCAACGUGACUGUGGCAAAAGACGGUAGCGGAGACUACAAUACAAUUUCUGGGGCACUGGCAGCCAUGCCAGAAAAAUACCAAGGACGAUAUGUCAUCUACGUUAAGGCAGGAGUAUAUAAGGAGACCGUGACUGUGACAAAGGAGAUGGUGAAUGUCACUAUGUACGGUGAUGGAUCCCAGAAGAGCAUCAUCACUGGUAGCAAAAAUUUUGUAGAUGGAGUUAGGACUUUUGAAACUGCAACUUUUGUGGCUUUAGGAGAAGGCUUUUUGGCGAAAGCCAUGGGAUUUAGAAAUACAGCUGGUCCAGAAAAGGGACAGGCAGUGGCUGCUAGAGUCCAAGCGGAUAGUUCAGUUUUCGUCAAUUGCCGCUUUGAGGGAUACCAAGACACCUUGUAUGCACAAACCCAUCGUCAAUUCUACAAAAGCUGUGUGAUUGCUGGCACCGUUGACUUCAUUUUUGGUGACGCAGCUGCUGUGUUCCAAAACUGCUUGAUUGUGGUGAGGAAACCUUUGGAUAACCAGAAAAAUGUGGUUACAGCCCAGGGAAGGAUUGACAAACGUGAAACCACGGGAAUAGUGUUGCAUAAGUGUCGCAUUUUGCCGGACAACAAACUUGUACCUUUCAAGUCCAAAAUCAGCAGUUACCUUGGGAGGCCAUGGAAGGAAUACUCGAGAACCGUUGUCAUGGAAUCAACAAUUGAUGACAUUAUCCACCCCGAUGGAUGGCUACCAUGGGAAGGAGACUUCGGACUCAAUACUCUAUAUUACGCAGAGUUUAACAACAUAGGACCAGGUGCCAAGGUUCUCGCCAGAGUCAACUGGCCUGGCCACAAGCUCAUUAAUCAGCAAGAAGCCUUCCAGUAUACAGUAGGGCCUUUCUUACAUGGGGAUUGGAUCAACGCCACUGGCGCUCCAGUUCACUUUGGUUUAUAUACUUAAUUAAGGCUUCCAUCAAUUUCUCUUACCUUAUAGG